AUGUCAUCGCCCGACCCCCCUCGUGGGCCACCACCACCCACCAACAACAAACCCACCGCUUCCUCUUCAUCCUCAUCCCACCCCAGCGGCCCAGCCAAAUACAUAUCCUCAUCAGGGCACGUCCUGCAAUCACCUCCCCUCACGGCCCGUAUUACACGCAGCAUCGACUCCCUGUACAACUUCCUCGGCCUGUAUAUUGUGUCGCUGUUCAGUUUGGAUCCCUACACCGCUGCCCAGAACAGCCAGUUCAACACCCGCGGUCGUCCCAAUGCGUAUCAGGAUCGUGCGCGCUGGGGUGGUGUGAAUCGCACUGCUGGUGGUGCUGCGGGUGGUACUGCACCAAGGGGUGGAGGAGGUGGAGGAGGUGGUGGUAGUAGUGGUGGUGGCUCGAACGGCUUUGGGGGCGGUGGACCCGGCAGACGGAUUGGAACUGUUGAGGACGUUCGGGGCCCGGAGUGUGGGAGUUGUGGCUGA